CGAAAUAACUUUGAUCUGAAAGCGUUUCGUACGCAAUUCGUUAUUCUAUCGAGUUCUUCAUUUAACACUGCUUCGCAGUGUUCUUCAUAUUCUAAUCCCAACAAAGAUCAAAGUUAUUCCUAAAGAACUCAAAGAUGACGUGUGGCGAUUCUGUAAGAGAUUUGAGCAGCAAGUUCUCGAAGUUAGAAAAGUUCGAAGGCCAGGACUUCCGUAGAUGGCAGAAGAAGAUGCACUUCCUUCUCACAACAUUGAAGGUCGUGUAUGUACUGAGCACGCCUAUGCCGCAGAUAAUGGAUGAUGACACACUGGAACAGACAAGGAAGCGGUGCAAGUGGGAGAACGAUGACUACAUUUGUCGAGGACAUAUUCUAAACGGUAUGUCUGACUCUCUGUUUGAUGUAUAUCAAAAUGUUGAAUCUGCAAAGUUACUGUGGGAUGGUCUAGAAGAAAAGUACAUGGCCGAGGAUGCUUCGAGCAAGAAGUUCCUCGUUAGUAACUUCAACAAUUAUAAGAUGGUCGACUCUCGACCGGUCAUGGAACAAUACAAUGAACUGUUGAGGAUCCUAGGCCAGUUUGCACAGCAUAACAUGGCAAUGGAUGAAUCCAUAUCUGUGUCUAGUAUCAUAGACAAACUGCCUCCUUCGUGGAAAGAAUGCAAACGUGAGUUAAAGCAUAACAAGGAGGAAAUGAAUCUGGUGCCACUUGGAACCCAUCUUCGGAUUGAGGAGUCCAUCCGAGAUCAAGAGGGAAAGAAGGUGAAGGACAUAGCCGGUCCAUCGUCCAUCAACAUGGUCGAAGACGAAGAAUCUAAUGACUCGGUGGGAGUAAACACCGUGAUCGAGUCAAGGGAUGCAAUCUUCGAUGAAAAUAGGUUUUCAUCAAUACCUAGACCAAGAGAUAUGGUUCUAGGAGAAGCAAAAGACAUAGAGUUGCCAAAUCCUUUGGGUCAGAUUUUCAAUUAUAUUUAAUUGAAGGUUCUAAGGAUGAAAUUUUAUUUUAAUAUAAAUAUUGUUAUAAUAUUGAAGCCGAUCCUAGAACAUAUAAUGAAGCUAUGGCUUCAAG